UCCAUAACAGACAUCGAAAUUUGAGAGACGAAGGAAAACUGUAUAUAAUUAUCACAGAAAGCAACACCAUAGCCAGCUGAGAUAAUCUGUGUACUUUACUGGGAGAAUAAACAGAAAUGAAUAAGAUGGCUUUCGUUUCAACCAAAAUGUUGUUCGCUUUAAAGAUCUUGAUAUAUUUUGGUGGAAAUCUGAUUAAUUGCAAUGAAGAUAUUCCUAUUUGUGACAAGCAAUUGAAGAAACUGAAAGAAGACGUGAAAAACUGGGAAAAGAGAUGUGUGAAUGAAAGUCUUAAAAACUUGGAUGAUAUUGAACGAUAUUUUACUGAAAGUCAACUAUAUAACUUUGAAACUCAACAAUAUUUUAAUGAACGUCGACGUGAGAAUAAUUCCCCUGGUUGUACGACAGAAAGAAAAUAUCUCCAGGAGAGAAUGCGUAUGCACUCAAAGAUGUGCUUCUAUGAUGGACCUUAUCCUGAGCAAUAUAUGUUUUUGGCGAGCGACACUGCGAUCUUGGUUGUUGAUUUGACGACGCUCGAUUCAACAGUCGUAGUAAAUGGAAAAGGAAAUAUAUCGAGGCUGGACAUUGACAUGAAGAAUAAGAAAAUAUAUUUUGCGGAUAACAGGCAAGAUAUUCGUCGGGCAAAUUAUGACGGAACUUAUGAAGAAAUCGUUGUGACGGAUGCUAGGACAUGGGGAUUAACCAUUGAUUGGAUAGGACGUCGUAUAUUCUGGGGUGAUCCUUGGAAGCAAACCAUUGAGGUGGCGACUUUAGACGGUAAAGACAGCAGAAAGCUGAUUAAAACUCUCCAGCCUUUUGAUCUAGCAAUUGACCCCAUCGAUGGAUAUCUAUUUUGGACUCCGUUUUAUGGAAGAAAGGUAAUCCGAAGACACUUGGCUACCAAUAAUGACAAACAAAUAUAUGGUUUCAACAGAAGUAGUAAAUACAGUCUGGCUCUGGAUUACAACAGGAAGCGAGUGUACGCCUACGGCCUAUUGGAAACAGCUAAUGUCAUAAUUGGAAUGGAUUACGAUGGCCUUAACAGCAAUCCGACAACUAAUUAUAGUUCACCUGUUUUUAACGAUUGGAUGUCAGUGGACGUUGUUGGAAAUUUUCUUUACUGGAAAGAAAGACUGAGAAUUUCACCCAUGAUCAUAAAAAUGAAUGCCACUAGCAGAAAUAUAUCUCGUUAUAUUCCGUUACCAAAAGGCUUCGACGUGAGAAAACUUCUCGUCGUAGACAAAUAUCGACAACGUCAAGGUAAGUUCGUACAUUCUGGUAAAUGUUAG